AUGAUCACUCCUGCUAUCUUCAUCACCCUUAUCUCUCUCUUAUCCCUUGUCACGUCAUCUCCCGUCGCUAAGCGAUACUCUGCAGUCAAAAUCCGAUCUGCAAGAGACAACAAAUGUCUUUCUCCCUUCGGUAAUAAGUGGGUCGCAGGUACUCAGGUAACCAUUGUGGACUGCACUUCUGCAGCUAGAUGGGAUAUCAAUCCUGGCAGUGGCAGUAUCAUCCUUCAUGGAUCUACUUUUGCUUUAGAUGCUGGAGCUGGGAAUGCUAAUAACGAGCUGGUAAAGCUUGGAAACUCUGCUCCAGGAUCAUUUGCGCAGACCUGGUACUUGACCACCGACGAUCGAAUUGCCAUCACCGGUGGAACUCAAUGUCUUGAUGAAGGCAUCAAUGCCCCUCAGACUUAUCAAUGCAGUUCAGGAAACACUAAUCAAGUCUGGAUCGUCGAUCAGUAA